ACAUCGGAAGCUUCAUCAUCCAAGAAACUCCAACACCUAAAGAAAAAAGCUUCGUUUCCAAGAUAUCUUACUGCGAACAUGGCGAUGAAGAUGAAGGCCCUCGCACUGGGUGUUCUGGUCCUUGCCUUUGCUGCAGUGACCGCCCUCGGCUGCAGCAGCAGCGAUCUGUGCGCCAACAACGAAUGCUGCAGCGAGUACGGGUACUGCGGCACUGGCGGCUCCUACUGUGGCAAAGGGUGCCAGAGCGACCCCUGCUACGGAGGUCAGGUGGUCGGCGCCGUCACUGAGGCGCUCAUCGAUCAAGUGCUGCCGGCAGUGUAGACAGCAUCCUACUGCUCCGUGUCUGCCUCCGAUAAAAUAAGAAAUAUUGUUUGCAUGUACGUAUAAAGAUGAGCCGCAUGCAAUCCCCUAUGUGUGUGGUCAUAUAUAUGAUAUUGCUAAUCAGCUAACCGAGCAACUACAGCUAGUCACGGUAGCUCGUUCUGUGUACCUCUCCAAGAUAUGGUGCUUCAAAUUCAACUCAAGAUAAUUUCAUCA